UGAACAGAACGUACAGAUUUUGUUGUUGCGCAGACGUUGCAUUUUGAUUUUGUGAGAAAAUGCAGUAAUCCUUGGCACUGAAGACAUUCAUCGUCCAGGAAUGUGUGCUCCAAAGAACUACAGUUAUAUGUGAACAAUUGCAUUUCAAAAGGAACUUGUCAAUAUCGACUUGAAAAUCUGCCAUCGACGCUAUGAAAGAAAACGGGUCUUUUCUGUCCCGUAUCAUACGUGAACAGAACGUACAGAACAUGCUCCAAAGAACUACAGUUAUAUGUGAACAAUUGCAUUUCAAAAGGAACUUGUCAACAUCGACCUGAAAGGAUGACGAACACGGCGCAGUAUAGAGGAUACAGGAAAAUGGUUCUACCGCAGGAUGUCGCCCCCCUCCCCCCUUCCGCCGACCGAGUAUACAACGAGGGGAUUCUCGGAUAGGGACGCGAGCUUCUAGAAUUGAUCCUCGGACACGCACUCCGAAGUAGCCAUGGCUGGUCGAGAUAUGCUUCAGGAUGCCACAGAAACGGAGUUAAGACAAAUGGCUCUGAAAAUGAAUGACGCGUUGAGUCAGUUAAGGAACGCUCGAUCGCCCUUCGAUGGCGAUGAUUUUGAAGCCCGAAGCACAGGAAGGAGUAAAGGGAACCGAAGAUGCUCUUCAGCCCCUUCGCCACUCGGCAACCAAAAUAGCUCUCGUAAUAAUCUUAAUCCUAAAUUCAGAGGUCGUGGUUCAGGUAUAGAUCGAAAUCCGAAUCGAGGUACAGCUCAAGAACGUGGCCGAGGUCGAGGUCGGUUUCAAAGUCGAGGUCGGAGUCGAGGUAAAAAUUGGAAUCGUGAUGGGAGCUACCAACCUCAGCGAUAUUGGGACAGCCAGACCCUCUCCGUCAGUACGAGGAAGAACCCUGGAGCCCGAAUCCACCCGUUGCCUUGAACCCAAAGGUACUUGUGGAUGCGUUAAUCAAGUCACGUGAUUUAACUGCAAGCCUGCUAGAGCUCAUGGAGCAGUGGUGUCUC